CACGCACUCAAUUGCACCACCAGACACCUUUCCAUCUUCAAUUACAUUACCCACACAUCACAAAUCACAAUGGGUUGGUUCAGCAGCAGCGACGAGAAGAGCGCCCUCAAGGCAAACCCCGUCAACCCCGACGUCACCACAUCACGUCUCUCCGGCGCCGAGCAAGACCGCUACGGCGAGCACUUCUCUCAGAUCGGACACCAAGCUGGAGAGAAAAUCCGCGAGGGCAUCCACGACAUUACUCACGCCCGGGGCAGCGCCGCCGAGCAGGACCGCUACGGCCAGCACCUUGCUCCAGGCCAGUCCGGCUACAACGCAGUAAAGAACGAGGCACAGUACGGGUACAACAAGGCGAAGGCGGAGGCACAGUCUGGCUAUGACCAGGCCAAGUCAUAUGCAAACAGGGCUCUGCAUGCCAAGGGCGACGGUGCUGAGCAGGACCGCUACGGCGCCCACUUCGGCGGUCUCUUCGACCCCGUCAGGGCGGCGGCUCUGAGCAUCGUCAGCUCGGGAGGUGACACCAGCAAAGCCAACUACCACUGGCUGGGCCACGAUGGUCGUGAGAGGGCCAAGUUCCUGGCUGCGCAGAAGGGCACAACAGGAUCUGAGCAGGAUCGUUACGGCGCCCAUUUCACUGGCUUCGGCCAGGCCGCUGCUCAGUCUAUUAAGGACGAGUGGAACAAGCUGAGGAAGUAGAUUGGCGACUAUACCGUUGAGAGAUCAUAACGUUCUGCAAAAGACUGAG